GUGCUCAUUUCCGUCACGCACAUCAUCGAUACCAUCAUCUAACGGGAGGAGCGCACACGUAGCUCCACAGCACCUCAGGGCCGCACCGCGCUGCAGAUGAAGCAUGACAGGCGACAGCGAGACAAAGCCAGGUGACCAAGCCAGAAAUGAGAGCAAUAACCGGCAGCCUUUUCUCAUCGGCGUGGCUGGGGGGACAGCCAGCGGAAAGUCCUCCGUAUGCAGCAAGAUCAUGGAGCUGCUGGGGCAGAAUGAGAUCGACCACCACCAGCGGCAAGUGGCCAUCCUUAGCCAGGACAGCUUUUACAGGGUCCUCACCCCUGAGCAGAAGGCAAAGGCACUGAAGGGCCAUUUCAAUUUUGACCACCCAGACGCAUUCGACAAUGACCUCAUAAUUGCAACUAUGUGGGACAUCAAGGAGGGGAAAACAGUUCACAUCCCUGUUUACGACUUUGUGUCCCAUUCCAGGAAGGAGGAGACGGUGACGGUGUACCCGGCUGAUGUGGUGCUGUUUGAAGGAAUUCUGAUGUUCUAUUCUCAGGAGAUCCGAGACCUUUUCCAAAUGAAGCUGUUUGUGGAUACAGACGCAGACACACGUCUGUCAAGAAGAGUACUUCGGGAUAUAAGUGAACGUGGACGGGACUUGGAAAGUGUUCUGGCGCAGUAUAUAACUUUUGUCAAGCCUGCAUUUGAGGAGUUCUGUCUGCCUACAAAGAAAUAUGCUGAUGUGAUUAUUCCAAGAGGAGCAGACAACCUUGUUGCUAUAAAUCUCAUAGUUCAACACAUCCAGGAUAUUCUAACUGGCGGUCUGACGAAACGGCUGAACGGGUGGUUUAACAGUUAUGGAGCAACAAAAAAGCAGCCAAACAUGGAGUCCAGCAGCCGGCCCCACUGAGCUCAGGUUCCCCCAGACAAACCGAAGGAGGGCUCAUCUACCCGAGUAGAAAGUGCUUUACAUUUUACAGGCAGUAGUUCUUGCCAGGAAGUAAAAAGACUUUCUUUUGAUAUGGUUCUGUUCAUACUGAGAAAACAAAGGAGUGAAACCGUUCUUUUUAUGGGACUGGUUUAAAGCAGAUGUAUUCAGUUAUGUUUCUCUGUAGAUUGAGAUUGAGAAAUUAAAGGGAAUAACUUGUUAUUUACUUUGAGCUUCUGCUUGCCUUUACCACACCACUGCUACAGUGAAACUGUCUUGAAAAUAUCCAAACAGUGGACAGCCUUUAACGAUACAAUGAACGCUGUGUAGCAACAUGCUGUGUAAUGACAGGGCAUUGGCCGAUCUCACUACAGUUAAACCUGCACUGUGCAGCCUGACUCAUUUACUUUAUCAAUGCAACUUGACAUCGUUUUUCAAGCUCUAUGAAAUUCAUAUUUUGAAUGACACAAAGUCUUUGAAACAUUGUAUCAGUUUGAGAUUUUGAAUUUGUUUGUGUCAUGCUGCCCUGAGCUGCACCCCCCUUGUCUUGUGUUAAUCAAACAGUAUGAGUACAAAAAAGCAACCGAUUCUCACCUCAGAUCAUGUGAUGUAUGACAUCAUCACCAAAGAAUUAUCUGUGACUUUUGUGGGCAAAUUGUGUUAAGUUAGAUUUUGAUUUCAGUGUGAACCAGAUGUUACUGUGAGAUGUUGGUAGCAUAAAGAAUGACUUGUGUUAUUCUGGAAUGAAAUUGUUUGUUUUCUCCUUUGAAUCCCAUAAACUUGAAUCCACAUGUAUGCAAGAUUCAUUUACUAGAAUUAACACCCUGACAGUCAUGUUAAUAAAUGCAUUGACCUGUAAAAUGCCAUGAAGUCUGAGCUACACCAUGUAAAUGUGUUCUGUAAAUGUUGUUCAGUCAAGUUUUCUCCUUGUACACAGUUUUCUUAUGAUAAAGAUCUCAGGUUCUCUUUGAA